AUGGCACAGCUGUUGUCAAUAGGACGACAGGCUAAGAAAAAAUUUAUAAAAGAGUUCUCCGCGCAUCUCUACAAUCUCUUAUUUCUUGGGUGCAAAAUCGAGGAAGCAAAUACUUCAGGAGUUCGCCUUGUCCGUGGGAUUGUCAAGGAUGUUCAACCUCAGAAGAUAGUUCUGACUGAUGGCACAGAGGUCCCUUAUGGCCUUUUGGUAUGGUCUACUGUUGUUGGUCCAUCAGCUUUUGUGAACUCUCUGGAAGUUCCAAAAACUCCCGGUGGAAGGAUUGGUGUUGAUGAGUGGCUACGCAUCCUUUCUUUGCAGGAUGUGUUCUCUAUUGGUGACUGUAGUGGGUUUCUUGAAAGUACAGGAAAACCAGUUCUUCCAGCUUUGGCACAGGUUGCUGAGCGGCAGGGGAAAUAUCUGGCCAAACGACUGAACAGGAUUGGUAAAGCUGCUGGUGGUCGUGCUAAUGCCGCAAAAGGCAUGGAACCUGGGAAGCCAUUUGUCUAUAGGCAUUUGGGGAGCAUGGCAACAAUUGGCAGAUACAAGGCUCUUGUGGACCUUAGGCAGAGCAAGAGAUCAGAGCUUCAAUACAAACCCAGAAAGGUAUACUCUGAAAGGCAAAACCCUGGUCCUGUGGUCAAAUCCGCCCUGUACAGCCAACUUGAACUUAACGUUUUGUGUCUAUUUGGAGUAUCUAAUCUUGAUCUUAGUUCUGAGAUUGUGCCGAAGUAG